CAUGAAGAGGCUGUGAAGUUGGUGUGUGGGGAGGAGGGAAUGUGUAAGAACUUUCCAAGGAACAACCAGUGGGAUUUUACUGACUGGAGGUUGGGAAUGGGAGAGGGCAUUCAGCUGAAAUGGCAAUGAUAUGGUAAGCUUGGGAUCAAAGCAGAAUUUCACACUACCUGCCCAGUUGGUUGUGGCUGGGAAAGAUAUGAGGAUUUGUGUUUGAUCCUGCUGAUUUUGAGCUGAGGGUAGGGAGUGUCUCGCAGGCAUUUGGAGGGUAUUAGUCUGCUGUUCAGGAGGACGACUGUGUGGCUGGCUCUACACAUGAGGCUGGUGGAUUCAUUGUGUCACAGAAACACUGGGUUGAAUUAAUAGGGUAAAGGGUCCUGAAGACUACGCUUGUGUUUGGACGAACUCUCCUGAGCCAUGAAGAACAUACACAGUUAAGGACGGUCGGGGGAACAGAGUUGCAGGAGGAAGCCACUAUAGGGGGACAGAUCAGGAUGUGCAAGGGACAUUUGUGCGGGAGACUCACCCUCAUCUUUUUGCUUUAGCCUUCCUUGUCUUGGAGUUGGUGUUGGAGACGGAGAUGCCCUAAAAUCUCUCCCUUAAUCUCUGUCAGGCAGGAACUUGGACGAUCCCCAUGGAAACGGUUGCUCUAGAAAACCAAACUAUCAUUGAAUUUGUCCUCCUUGGUUUCCAUGAUGUAGCUGAGCUGCGUCUCAUUUUCUUUGUUGUGCCCACCAUUGUCUACAUGUCCAUCGUCAUGGGGAAUGUGCUGAUCGUCGUGGCGGUGGUUAGCUCACGGAGGCUCCACACACCCAUGUAUUUCUUCCUGGCUAACCUGUCCUUCCGGAUCCUCUACACCUCCACAGUGGUGCCCAAAAUGCUAGAGGGCUUCUUGCAGGAAGCGGCCAUCUCUGUGGCUGGUUGCUUGCUGCAGUUUAUCUUCGGUUCUCUAGCCACGGCUGAGUGCUUCAUGCUGGCUGUCAUGGCCUAUGAUCGCUACCUGGCAAUCUGCUAUCCACUCCGCUACCCACUCCUGAUGGGACCCAGGGGGUGCUUGGGGCUGGUGGUCAUAGCUUGGCUCUCUGGCUUCAUGGUAGAUGGGCUGGUUGUGGCCCUAAUGGGCCAGCUGAGGUUCUGUGGCCCCAACCACAUUGACCACUUUUACUGUGACUUCAUGCCCUUGAUGGGCCUGGCCUGCUCGGAUCCCAGUGUGGCCCAGAUGACAACAUUCAUUCUGUCUGUGGUCUGCCUCACUGUCCCCUUCGGGCUGAUUCUGACAUCUUAUGCCCGGAUCGUGGUAACUGUGCUCAAAGUCCCUGCUGGGGCCCAGAGGCUAAAGGUUUUCUCCACCUGCUCCUCCCACCUGGUGGUGGUGUCCACCUUCUAUGGAACUCUCAUGGUCUUGUACAUUGCACCCUCUGCUGUCCAUUCCCAACUUGUCUCCAAGGUCUUCGCCCUGCUCUACACUGUGGUCACCCCUCUUCUCAAUCCUGUGAUCUACACCCUGAGGAACAAGGAGGUUCAUCAUGCAUUGCGGAGACUUCUGUACAUUAAGCUCACCAAAACACUCAGUUGAGGGAGAAUGGUGGUGAGGAUUUUAUUUGGAUUUUGCAUGUCUCCAUUGGGGUGUCCUUCAGGACUGGUUGGGGAAGAAGAACUUUGUUCUAUUUUGACCUUUCUCUCUGUAAAACAUUCUGUAGUUACUCUAAAAAUGAGCACCAAUUUCAAGUGUUAACUUAAAAUUUACAUUUAUCUUUUAUUAUUCUUUUUAAAAUAGGCUAUGAGUAUUUGAUAUAGAAAGUAGAUACACAGAAACAGAAACAGAAAGCAAAAAUAUUGGCUACUUGUA